CUCCUAGUUAGUUAGUCAUACGUUUCAUCUGAGAUGGCUAAGGUAGAGGCUGAGUUUGUUUCGCCGCCGUCAAUCUCCGACCGCAUCCAUGUAUUCUGGCAUGAUGGCAUGCUCGAUCACAACGCCGGCACCGGCGUAUUCGACACCGCCGAAGACCCAGGUUUUUUGGACGUCCUUGAAAAACACCCAGAAAACGCCGACCGAAUCAAAAACAUUGUUUCAAUUCUCCGGCGAGGUCCACUCUCACCUUACAUCUCUUGGCACUCCGGCCAACCUGCUCUCAUCUCCGAUUUACUCACCUUUCACACCCCAGAUUACAUAAGUAAGCUAAUCGAAGCAGACAAGAAAGGAGGCAAUAAUAAUCUGAUCUGUCCAGGCACGUUCUUAAACCCUGGUUCAUGGUCAGCCGCCCUUUUAGCCGCCGGCACUACCCUCUCUGCCAUGAAACAUAUACUUGACGGCCAAAAUGGUAAGAUUGCAUAUGCACUUGUAAGGCCUCCUGGCCACCAUGCCCAGCCGGAUCGAGCUGAUGGGUAUUGUUUCCUGAAUAAUGCUGGUCUUGCUGUUCAAUUAGCCUUAGAUUCUGGUUGCAAAAGAGUGGCUGUAAUCGACAUUGAUGUUCAUUAUGGAAAUGGGACAGCUUCUGGAUUUUAUAAAUCUGAUAAAGUUCUGACUGUUUCACUUCACAUGAACCAUGGCUCAUGGGGCCCGUCUCAUCCGCAGAGUGGUCGAGUCGAUGAGAUUGGUGAAGGAGAUGGGUUCGGUUAUAAUCUGAAUGUAAUGCUUCCUAAUGGAACAGGUGACAAUGGAUAUGAAUUCGCCAUGACCUCUCUUGUUUCAAACGCGGUUGAGCGUUUUGAUCCUGAUAUGUUGGUUUUGGUCGUCGGACAAGACGCAAGUGCGUUCGAUCCAAAUGGGAGACAAUGCUUGACGAUGAAGGGGUACGAAACAAUUGGAUCUAUAAUGCGUUCGUUGGCCGAUAGAUUCAGCGAAGGACGGUUGUUGAUCGUUCAAGAAGGCGGAUAUCAUGUUACUUACUCGGCUUAUUGUCUUCAUGCGAUGUUGAAUGGGACGAUCGAAGGGCAUCCGGCUGAGUUGGCGGACCCAAUUGCUUAUUAUCCAGACAAGGAUGACAAUGCCUAUGAGGAAGUGAUUUCAUCCAUUAAGCAAUAUCUUAGGAACACUAAUGUACAAUUGUGGAAAGAUAUUUAGUUAAGUGUUUGCAAGAAGCAAGCUUUUGAUUCAUCUUUUUUUUUUUAUGUAAGGAAGAAGUUGCAAACUAUGAAUACAAUUAUAACAAAUGAUCAACUCAUGUU